CAUGCACGUUUGUCCAUCACACCUUGCCCUACGCUGAAAUGAUUAGACUGGUCAAUAUUUGUCGACUUAUUCUCGCAGGCAACAAAUACAUAUUUUCCUGGAAAACCGAAGGAAAUAGUUUAGGAAAUACUGACAGGCAGAUCCCAGUUUUAACAGAGGCCAUUUAAAAUUAGAAGACGAAGUCAACUUGUAUGUGAUGAUGAAAUGUUCGGCCUACAAAGGCCACGAAUUCGGUGCACUGCAACUGAAAUAAAAACAAUUGACAUUUUUUUCUAGGAGUUAGGGAUGGCUUUUGAAAGCCUUCUGUAUUCCUUGCUGCUGACUCUGAUAGUAGCUCUAAUCACAUAUAACAUUGUGACAACUACCAGUGCUGUACAUCAGACUCCAACCCACGAAGAUGAUUUAGAUUCCAUAAUCAGGAAACCCAGUGAAGAGAGGCUCUUUCAUACCGCAGUCACUGCAACAGACUCUGCCUACAAUAAAUGGCAAUGCAGAGUCAUGUACUAUUGGCACAAGAAACAGAGCAAGAGGCCUGGAUCAGACAUGGGGGGGUUCACCAGAGUGCUUCAUUCUGGAAGGCCUGAUAACCUGAUGGAUGAGAUCCCGACAUAUGUGGUGGACCCACUUGCUCAAGGAAAAGAUCACGGUUAUGUUGUAUUGAACAGACCAUGGGCUUUUGUGCAGUGGCUCAGCCAGGCUGACAUUAAAGAAAAGUACAUAUUGAUGGCAGAGCCUGACCAUAUCAUUGUCAAGCCAAUUCCGAAUUUGGCAAAAGGCUCUUUGCCAGCAGCCUUUCCUUUCUUUUACAUAACUCCUGCAAAAUAUGAGAAUGUCAUUCGGAAGUUCUUCCCUGAAGACAAAGGUCCCAUUACAAAGAUUGAUCCCAUAGGAAACUCUCCUGUCAUUAUAAAAAAGGAAUCUCUAGAGAAGAUUGCACCUACGUGGUUAAAUGUCUCAUUGGCAAUGAAGAUGGAUUCAGAGGCAGACCAAGCUUUUGGAUGGGUUCUUGAGAUGUAUGGUUAUGCAGUUGCAUCGGCGUUGCAUGGGGUGCAACAUGCCCUUCGAACAGAUUUUAUGAUCCAGCCCCCUUGGGAUCUGGAGGUUGCUGAGAAGUUCAUCAUCCAUUAUACUUAUGGAUGUGACUAUGACAUGAAGGGUAAAUUGACAUAUGGAAAAAUAGGGGAAUGGAGGUUUGAUAAAAGGUCAUUUGAUCGAGGUGCACCUCCAAGAAAUUUGCCACUUCCACCACCAGGAGUUCCUGAAAGUGUGGUGACCUUGGUAAAAAUGGUGAAUGAAGCAACGUCUAAUAUUCCCAAUUGGAAAGAAGGGGAGUAAUUGAUUUCAAAUGUUUCUUUGACAUGGAAUUCUGUGCCAAAGGCUGUAUACCAGACCGUUGCUUCAGUGUGCACAUUUUUUAGUGACUUUCUGAAAGUGGAAAUUCUUAGUUGAAUGUUAAGGUGUUCGUAUCAGUGCUGAUGUAAAUCAUGCCAUAAUUAGUCUUUUUUGCCAGAGAAAUGUUUUGUAUCUAUGGUUAGCAGAAAAUUAUUUACUUCAAUGGUUAUGGUACAUGAUAGUUACUUGGGAGUGAAUGAUUUCAACUUUUAGGAUGCACUCAUUUGACACGGGGACAAGAUGUUAGAACUAGAUAUUUGUAUCUCGGUCAGCUGUAUAAAUGAUGGUUGAUAAUUAUGGGAAUGUUACUGUUGGAGAGAAUAGAGUUAAACUCAGUUUGCAUUGCUUGUUC